ACUAGCCCAGGACGGUCCCGCAGCUGCAAAAUCGCGACCGCCCGCGCCAAGGUUGCACCGGCGGUAGUCACGUGCCGUCACGUGACGGCGCAGCUCCUCUUGAUCCGAUUCCGCCCGCAGGCCAAUCAGGGCGCGGCUAAUGGCGUGCAAGCCAGGUCGGCUCGGAUCUUGAAGCUUUUCAAACGUCGGUCCAGCAGACCUCAACAGCAGCUUGCCGAACUCCCGCCACCCCAGGGUCGCUCAAUUGCUCCCCAUCUGCCGACCAUUUUCUUCUCCUCUUCUACGAUAACCCGUCCGAUCAUGUUGUCGAGGUCUGCUUUCGCCCGGUCAGCGCAGCGUGCGCUCCGGACCCAACGUCGAGCCUUCGCUUCCGCCGAGAGCCCCAGCCUUCAGUACGAGACCACCGAGGCUGCUGGUGUCAAAUUGGCCAACAGAGAUGUCGGAGGCCCUACUACGACACUGGCGCUGGUCGCAAAGGCUGGCCCUCGCUACCAGCCAUUCCCUGGCUACACCGAUGCUCUCGAGUCGUUCGCUUUCAAGAGCACCUUGAAGCGCUCGGGCUUGCGUAUCACCCGUGAGGCAGAACUCUUGGGUAGCGAGAUCACAGCCAAACACACCCGCGAAAACGUUGUUCUUCAAGCCAAGUUUUUGUCGGAAGAUCUCCCAUACUUUACCGAAUUGCUCGCAGAGGUUUCUUCUCAGACAAAAUACUCUCCAUAUGAGUGGAACGAGCUGGUCCUUCCCAACAUCAAGCUCCGCCAACAGGUCAUUUUGGAGAAGGCAGAGAACUUGGCUUUGAACUCGGCUCACGCAACUGCUUUCCACCGCGGUCUUGGUGAGAGCCUUUUCGCCACCUCUUCCACCCCAGUAGAGUCGUACGUCAGCAGCGAGGGUCUUACCGAAUUCGCCCAAAGCGCCUAUGCCAAACCCAACAUUGCUCUCGUUUCCGUCGGCCCCAACUCCGCUGAUGUGUCCAAGUGGGUGAGCCAAUUCUUUGGCCAGCAAACCUCUUCCACAUCUUCCGGUCAGUUCAAGGUCAAGGAGAGCGUGGCCAGCAAGUUCUACGGUGGUGAGCAGCGCACUGCAAGCCAGGCUGGAAACGCCAUUGUUCUCAGCUUCCCCGGAUCUGCCCAGUUCGGUACUUCGGGAUACAAGCCUGAGGUUGCUGUUCUGGCUGCUCUGCUGGGAGGCGAGUCGUCGAUCAAGUGGACUCCUGGCUUCUCCCUCAUUGGCAAGGCUACCGAGGGCCACCGCGUCAAGGUUUCUACCAAGAAUUACGGCUACUCCGAUGCCGGUCUCUUCACCAUUUCCGUCUCUGGCAAGGCCGACUCGGUCGCCGCUGUCUCCAAGGGUGCUGUCGAUGCUCUCAAGAAGGUGGCCGCCGGUGAGGUCGCCGCUGAGGAAGUCAAGAAGGCUAUUGCGCUGGCCAAGUUCCGCGCGCUCGAGGCCGCCCAGGUCCUUGAGACCGGCGUUGAGCUGACCGGCUCAGCUUUGAUCAACGGCACCAAGCCCUUGCAGAUCUCCGAGGUUGCCUCGAGCUUUGAAAAGGUCUCUGCUCAGCAGGUUCAGCAGCUUGCCAAAUCCUUUGUUUCCGGCAAGGCUUCCGUCGCCGUCGUCGGAGACCUCUUCAAGCUCCCCUUUGCUGAAGACCUUGGCCUGACUGUCUAA